UGAACUCAUUAAAAAAGGUAAUAAAACGUAAACAUGGCCCGUAUAUUCUUUUCAGUGUUGUGCAUCGUUGAGUACGACAUUCAACAGCCGCCAGGUCAGUGAUACGUAUGUUCUGCGUACACAGUCCUUUGACUGACCCGAUGGCUGUUGCAUGUUCUAAUCACUGCUUAUGUUACAUCACUAACUGCUCCUGGUAUCCAGGUCCACCGCCAGGUAAGCAUAAGACUAACCAAUUCGAAUUCCCCAAGGUGUAACCUUUCCAAAAAUACCCACCAAACACUUGGUCAAUUCAAAAAAUUUAAUGACCCCCUGGCUCCUACUCUAUAUAAAUAGAUACAAAUAACUAGUAUUCAAAGGUCAUCGACCCCUUAAAGGUCACCAAGGGUCAGAUAUAAAAUGCUUCCAUAUUAUCUGAAAUUUUGUGUCAUGGUAUGAAGACCUCACAUGCCAAGUUUUCACGCUUUUAUCACAAACAGCACAAUUCUGUCCCUAUGGCACUACAACAGCAAUCGAUUAAAGCGUAGGGUACUAUAAUGAAAGGUCAGAAUAGGACAACAAGUCCACUACUUUGUGUGGUCGUCCUUUGACAAACGCCAUCAGACCGAAUCAAUUGAGCGUCACGGAUGUACUUUGUAUAUAAUCGUGGGACUAGUCCAGAGUUCACGUCUGCGGAAUACAUCGCUUUCCGACUACGGCAACAAAAUGCGGGCGUUUACUAUCGGCGUAUGGGCGGUGGUUUCUGUGUUCUUGCAGUUGUUCGUGAACUCAACUAUCGUGAAAUCUCUGGGCAUGAUGUUAGGCGAGAUACAGUAUGAGUUCAGCUCAGCCACGUGGGUUCUGGGAACGAUCUUCGCGCUCGUCGAGUGCGUUAGUGAUCUCCUGGCACCAAUAGCAGGACCCCUUGGUAGGAGACUUGGUACCAGAUCGGUCGUCAUGGUUGGUGGUGUCAUGGUAACAGCUGGACUCAUCAUCGCCUCACAAGCUUCGAGUAUUGUACAGAUAGCACUCUCAAUGAAUAUACUGUUGGCUAUAGGAUAUUGCGUCGUCAACGUUCUUACACGUGCUGCUCUCGGCCAGCAUUUUGACAACAAAAUGUUUGCCCUGGCGUCAGGCAUCGCCUACACGGGUAACUCCCUCAGUCUGGUCACCCAACCGCCCCUCAUGCAGCUGUUUAUAGACACGUAUGGGUGGCGAGGAGCCAUGCUGCUCUUGAGUUCAAUCUGCUUUCAUCUUGUCGUGUGCGGCGCCCUUCUCGUUCCCUUGCCAACAGGCAGUGGUGCAAUUUCAACUACCACGUACACACCCCUGGAGCAGUCGACUGACCAAACCAACGAUCAAAUGGACGAGGACAAACGCGGUACCAGGUCUUGCCUGAAAUCUUUUUGUCAGAGCUUGGGGGAAUCAUUCGGCAUUUCACUGAUAAAGGACUACAAUUUUUGGAUUAUCACUUUCAUUUUCGUGGUGAAUCGAGUCAACAAAGGAGCUUGGCUCAUCUAUUUUGUUCCCCACGCUGUUUCUAGGGGGAUCGCCAAUAACGUAGCUGCUACCAUGGUGACGGCAGCUGGGCUGGGUUAUCUAGCGACCAGCCUAUUGGUCAGCCUGGCUGUAUUCAAAGAGCUAGUGUCGAGUACCAGCGCUAUGUUGGUUUCCAUCGUAGUGGUAUCCGCUUCGUUUCUCAUCGAGCCGUGGAUGACGUCAGGCUGGAUGAUGUCAGCCAAUGCCUGCGUGUACAUGGCUGGUAUGGGCACGGUGUUUGGCCUUGGUGACGUCAUGGUAAAGGAGUUCAUUGGAUUUGAAAGAAUGGCCAACGCCUUCGGCUGGAUGGGUUUCAUUUCGGGACUCUUUCGAUUUUUCUCAGGAUUCGUUCCAGGUUGGAUUUAUGAUCACUCUGGUAGCUACGAUGCAGCCUUCGUGGGCCUGGCGCUGUUCAGCUGGUAA